UACAUGAUGCAUGAGAAAUCACACUAUAAAAAUCUUAACAUUUACCUAACGACGUACAAAAUUGGCAAGACAGAUCUAAACUAUUCCGUAUUGAAUUACACUUCAUUAGUACAAAACUGUUGUCUAAAUAAUCCUUCUUUGUUCCAGAUUAACAAAAAAUGGAAAACCACACUUCUUACUUGAACACGUCUCAUCCAAACAACAGUUUUGUUGAAAAUCAAGAUGACUAUCCGCACGUGAUUUUGAAUGUCUUCAUUGCGAUAUUAGUAAUAACAGCCGUCAUAGCUAUGAUCGUGAACGUGGUGGUAUUUGCAAGUGUUCACUGGGUAAGACGACCCAUGACUCCCAUUUUAAAAAUGAGCAUUAGCUUAGCUGCUGCAGAUGCACUAAGCUCAUCAAUAUUUGCAGUAACGCUCUUCAUCAACACCUAUCUACCUUAUAUAGGUAUAAACCUCUGAUGGCUGGAGAUUAUUAUGGAAAUGAUGAAACUCAGCGGAAUUCUCGUGACGGUAACCCACUUAUUGGCCCUCAGUUUAAACCACUACAUCGGAAUAUUGAAACCCCUGCACUACAAUUCCAUUGUGACCCGACGAAAAGUGACAACAGUAACAAUCCUACUUUGGGUUUUCCCAACGGCAUUUGUAAUCUUUUUAUUCACUUCUCAAGCAGAAGUAACCUACUGGACCGACAUUUUCGACAAGGCAGCCGAAAUGGAAGCUAAAAAUACAACUACGUUUAUAGACACGUUUCGAUUCAGAAUGAGUUAUUCCGCUUACUUCAUCAUCACCAUAUUUAUGAUGGCUGCAUGCUACGCCCACAUAUUAAUUAUAGUAAGAAAACAACAAAACGUAUGGAAGAACUUAUCACGGAGCGGUAGCACGAAGUGGUCUGGGAGAGGUAUAAAACAUUGCCCUAGCAGUAAAACAAACAGAGAGCAAAAACAACUCGAAGGAAACAUUCGAGCAAUAUACACAACUUUACUCAUUUUGGGCUCAUGUGUAAUAGGCUGGAUGCCAGCUCUCCUCAUAUUUGUUCUGAUGUGUAAAGAAGACUGUUAUAUCCACGGUUCCGAACUUGAAAGCUUGAUUGAAAACUAUCUAGUUGAAGUUAUGUCCUUAAGGAUGUUGGAAAAUAUGCUCGUUAUUCUCAAGAUGCUGGUGAAUCCGAUUAUAUACAGCAUUCGAAUGAAAGAAAUUCAGGAAGGAACUAAACGCAUGCAAACCGGCCUCUUCAACUUUUUCUGUCCAUCAAGGUCUGACAGCCGCAAUUACACCCUUGCCUCGAGGCGAUCACAAAAUGCACAUAACAGUUCAUUACGUACACGUCUAACAACAUCGAUAAACAACGGAGGACAUACGAGCCAUGUCAGCAUUGGACGACCUGAAUUAGUUAACACACUUUUGUAAAAUCUGUCGAAUGUUUCAAUUGAAUGAACAAUCGAAUAAACAUUUGGAAGCAGAUGUAGGAGGAAGCCAUAACAAAAACUGCUGAGGACUGAGGAUUAUCUAGAUGAAACUCCAAUGAAAAGCGACAGUGACGCAUUUUCAAUGGUGUAUUUCGUUCAGGAGUCUUCAAAAUAAAGCGGGGAUUUAUUUAUUUAUAAACUGGCCGUGACGUAAAAUAAAACUGGAAAUUUUCCUUUCCUAGACGGUUCUAAGGUUACCCGGGGCCACAUCAGGAUGUGUAGUAGAUCGAUCUGUUAACAACAAAUAUUCAAUAAAGAGUAAAUUAAUAAUGAAAACAAGAACUCGAAUCAAGUGAAGACCAACAAAGUUAAAAUAUGAGAACUUCAAACAGAAUCAAAAAUAAAAGUGAUUUAGAGGUCCGAAGAGUUGACAUCCAGCAUUUAUUAAAAUAACAUUUUUUAAAGUAUUCAAUAUUUGUAUUUCUUUUAUUCUGCAGCGACGAUUUUUUUUUAAUUUUGGUAUCACGUAUGGUAGAACGAAAUAAACUGUCGAAAUAGGGAUCUAUGUACAUACAAUUUUUUACCCAUCUAUGUCACAGUUUUGACAUUUCAAGGUUACAGCGCAUCACUGUGACGUCAAUCACGUCAUUUGAUUCACAUUCACAAGUUUUAAAAUCGAAACCUGUACCUCCAACGGUUCCAAAGUUAUAGGGGAGAGGGGGCAGUUAUUAAUAAAUAUUUGCAAAUUUAAUUUUUCUGAAUUUGAAAAAUUUCUAAUUCUUGUCCACGCUAUGAUGUUAUCAAUAAUUUCACUGACAAAAACGAACCAUACAGAUAUGUAAAAUACUUUUUCUCCCUAGAAACAUGUGAAAAUUUAUAAUAUAUUCAACAAUUAUUCUUUUGAUGACAACCCCUUCUUUUUCUUUAAAUAUUCACUUUAAGGUACUCUAUAUAAAAUCAUCAUGCAUACAUGGUGCACGUCCAAUAAUAAUAAUCACUCUUUGUUUUUUGCUCGAUGUCAAUGAAAUGGUGACUUUGAUGUACCAACCAAACAAAAAUUCUCAAGUUGUGUGGAACACAAGAUUUGAUCGAAGAACAAAUCUAAAUUUUCUUAAACUUUUGAACCUUUUUAAUCACAUUUAUUACUUUGGUUAGCUACAGAAAAUUUUGUACCCGAUCGUCAUUAAAAAUAUACAUAUAUCGAUGACGUAAUCACUGCCCACUGAAAUUUUUCAAGUUUGACUUAAAAAUUAGCUCACGUAAAACGAUUUUUGACAUAUCUGGACGUUUAUAUUGAUUUGUAUUUUUUUAUCAAAUAUAUUCCACAUGCAAUUUAUUAAAAAUUAAAAUGCAAAGCCAAAAUCAACUACAACUUCGCGAGUGUUAAAAUGAAUCAGAUAUCAUGGUCAAAAUUUAUUAUUUUACCUGACUCAUCAACUUUUUGCACAAGAAUAGUAAAUUAUAUUUUUUAAUAAAUUUUAAUUAUUUACAUUAGAAAA